CCCACCUCUCUCUCUCUCUCUCUCUAACACGCGCGCGCGCGCGCGCACACAUCUAUAGCCAUGAGGCAGGCAGGAACGUACUCUGCUAUCCUCUCGGGUGGAGUGUCCGGGAGAACCGGGCCCCACUCGCUUCCACUGGCAAGGAUAAAGAAGAUCAUGAAGCGAUCAGGUGAUGACGUGAAGAUGAUAUCGGGGGAGGCGCCGAUUGUGUUCUCCAAGGCAUGCGAGCUCUUCAUUGAGGAGCUUACGCAGAGGGCAUGGAUGAUGACCCUCCAAGGCAAGAGGAGGACCCUCCACAAGGAGGAUGUUGCAGCUGCUGUCAUGGCCACCGAUAUCUUUGACUUCCUCGUCGAGAUGGUGUCCGAUUCUAAUGGCACUCAGAUGGCCCCAGCUACCAAGUCUAAUAUCAGUGUGGCGGAAAGAUAGAUCGAUAUCGUACGUACUGAAGCUCUAUCUAAAAGCCUCCCUCUGAAAGAAAUGGGAGGAUACCGUCUGGACUUGUUGUUAUCACGUUUGUUUGGAACUCCUUGGACUGUAAGAGCAUGAAAGAAGACAACAACCAAGCUAAAUAUAAUUUGAUAUCUUUCAGUAACAUC